CUUUUAGGCUCUAGCGGCGCCGAUGUAUGUCCGCGACGCUGGCGGAUCCGUAUCGAGAGUAUGCUAUUGAUUAUUCUCAACAUGCUACCAGCAAGCCCGAGGCCCAUGCCGGGACGCUUGUCUACCACAGCCAACAGCCGCACCUGCAGCAUCAUCAGCAACAGCACCAGCACCAGCACCAGCAUCAGCACCAGCAUCAACACCAGCACCAGCACCAGCAUCACAAGCACGAUCCCCCGUUCUCGCAGGGCGCCUCACACAGCACGGUGGCGUUUGAGCAGCAGCAGCAGCAGCAGCACCAUGCAAACGCGACCGUGCUGCCAGCGGCGACGCCCCAGCCCUCGGUGCAUGACAUCUCGCAAACGGUGGUGCUCGGCCCGCCGCAGAUGCUCUCGCGCCAGCUGCCGGUGCAGUUCCCCCCCGCCAGCUUCGAGAUCCCCCCGAUCCAGCGCGAUAACAACAAGAAACGCCCCCGUUCCGACGCCGAAGAGGAUGGCACCCCCGGCCAUGGACUGCGGCCACAGCUGUCGAUCCUGUCCGCAGAACCUCACGAGCCCUCGCAUUCUCCCGAGAUGCUCUUCUCCGUGCACGGCGCGUCCUCCCAGACCCAGCAGCAUCCGCUGUCGAACCAAUUCGGGGCCACCGAGUCCGUGGGCCUGCCCCAACACCAUCACCACCACCGACUGCCCCCCCACGCGGCCCUGCGCACCCCUGGGCGCCAUGGCCUGAGCGUCGAGUCGCCGCCUCUGGCCUCCGGCCCGCCCAGCGUCGUGGGCCAGCCCGGGAUGCCCGACCCGGCUCCCCGGCCUCGGGGGCCAAAACUGAAAUUCACGCCCGAAGAAGACGCGCUCCUGGUCGAGUUGAAGGAGAACAAGAGCUUGACGUGGAAGCAGAUUGCAGACUUUUUCCCCGGACGCACCAGCGGCACGCUGCAGGUGCGGUACUGCACGAAGCUGAAGGCCAAGGACGUCUCGUGGAGCGAUGAAAUGGUGCAACGAUUAGAACGGGCAACGCAGGAAUACGAGAAUGAUCGAUGGCGGAUAAUCGCAGGAAAGGUUGGUAACGGGUUUACUCCUGCCGCUUGUCGCGAGAAGGCGAUGCAGCUCCAGUCGAACACUAUAUAGUACGUACAGUAUAGUAACUCUCCCGCCCCCUAUGAUUCUCCUUGAUAUUCUUUCUAGCUGGUUGGCUGGUCUGGUCUGGUCUGGUUGCAAGCACCUUUUUCAUUCUCAUGUUCUAUUUUUUCUUUCCUUUGUUUUAUUUCCUAUUUCUAUUUCCCCUUGGAAGGCUGGCUUUACUUUACCUUUCUUUACUUUACUGUACGGGAGGAUUGAUUUUCUGUCUAAAAAAAAAAUUUGGGACGGCUCACAUGAUUCAUCUUCAUCAUCAUCUUCAUCUUCAUCAUCUUCAUCUUCAUCAUCUUC